UCUUCUAAAAUAUUUUUACUUUAUUCCAAAUACAUGUUCUAAAUUGUAUUUUAUUUUUAUUUAUUUUUUAUUUGUUAAUUUAUUAUGGCUUUAUUUUAUUUUGAAUAAAAUAAAAACAAAAUAUUUUAUUCUAAAUAAAAUAUCUACACUCAUGUUCCAAUAGCGUUUAACAUCACCUCAUGAAGUUGGUUAAUGAACGAGUUUUCAUUUUUAUCACUACAUCAUUUCCAGCUACUUCACAGUUUGCAUUGCUUUACUAUUAUUCUUACAUGCGUUUGUGUCCAAACUCUUGCCUGCUAAUAGCUUUUGGCAGCAUUGUGUUUAUUCUUGUCGCCUCUGAGUGUCCUGUAGAGGGCAGUACAUCUCUUCCAGAGAGACACUCCAUCAAUAGAUUCAGAGAAUUACCCCAUAAUCAGACGCUAAUCACCUUCAGUCUCUAUCUAAACACGCAGCAUACAUGUCAAGAGUCUCCUUGAUUUCAUUAGAAGGAUUCUGGGAAAAACCCUCUAAUGUUCGUUUGAGAAUGAAGGAGGCGUUUUAUCCAAACUUUUCCACGUGCAUUAAGAUCUGCAGUCAGCUGUGAAACCCUAAUGACUGACAGACGCGAGCGACUACAAGCGUGUUCUGUUGUUGUGCGUGUGUGUAAUUGUGUUUGUGGGUCAGGUCUGUCGCAGGCGUCACUCGGCGGUUCGAGUGUCCGCUCUUAUGUAAAGCUCAGAGGGGCGACUCGCCAAUCAAUGCAGGUUUGUGCAGCGAGAGCUACUCGAGCACGUCUCCAUCUGCUCUCAAUGGAUCACAUUGUCCCGAGCCGCUGGCUUUUUUUCUUUCCCUUCUCCGUUCAGUCAUUACAGUAACUGAACUGCAGCUCAGCUUCCUAAAGUGGCCCUCAUCCCCUCUGAGAUCCCGCAGGAGAGCCCAGGGAUUUGUUUUUCCCUUCGCUACCGAACACUAAUCCCUCUCUUCUGUCGCCUCAUUCUUUCACUUGUCUCUUUGUUGCUUUCGCUCAGCUCCAGGUUUAGAUAACUAGAGCGAUUUGUGCGCAGUAGGAAAUCAUCACACACUCGACAAAAUAUUUAAGCCUAAAUUUAAGAUGCAUGUAUUUGAAAUGCAUAUAAAAUUUCCAUCCGUUUGAUCUCAGAGUUCAAACAUAAACAAAUAAACUUCAUGCAUGCGUACAUGAAAGGGAACUGUAAUAGUACAGCUGUUUUUGAUACGUUUACUGGCUGUUUAUCUUUGAUUGUCUGAUAAGAAACUUGUUGUGAUCACAUACUCCGACCUCUUCAUCUCCUCCUAUCUAUCCAACAUCCCACAAUGCACCAUUGACAUCAGCUUCACUUCUUAAGCAGUUUAGUUUAUUACAGUGCAAAAGUUCAGACAGGUUUGACAAGUGCGUCACACACGAGUCUAAUAAUUUCACUGUCACCGCUUCAUAUCACGUCUGUCUGUAUAAUGUGUGUCGGAGCUCGUCUGGUGAAUUACAGCUCUCGUCUGUCUGAAACCUGACACAACCACUUUUAUUCAUGGUUUUCCAUUGCCAAUGCAAAAAAAGUUUUGGAAAAGCUAUAAUAGAUUUAAUUGAAACAAUAAACUUUCUUUUGUAAGAUUUUUUUUGUCCCUCCGUUGAGUCUACGUAACUACCACUUUGAUGCUUCAAAAUUUCGUAAAACUGAUCCAUAUGAAUUGAGUGGUUUAGUCCAAAUUUUCUGAAGAUCACUUAUGAAGAACAGAUUGAAUUUAGGCUUUUAUUCACAAUUAAACAUUCAUCAACUUGCAUCAGUUGUGGUAAACAGAAGCUCAAGCAUGUUUGCUUGACGUGUGAGAACCAAUGAGGUUCAUGCUCGUGUUACGCAGCACAUUUGAGCUUCAGCAAGAACCAACGAGGUUCAUUCUCGUGUUAUGCAGCACGUUUGAGCUUCAUCAAGAACCAAUGAGGUUCAUUCUCGUGUUACGCAGCACAUUUGAGCUUCAGCAAGAACCAACGAGGUUCAUUCUCGUGUUACGCAGCACAUUUGAGCUUCAGCAAGAACCAAUGAGGUUCAUUCUCGUGUUACGCAGCACGUUUGAGCUUUAGCAAGAACCAACGAGGUUCAUUCUCGUGUUACGCAGCACAUUUGAGCUUCAGCAAGAACCAACGAGGUUCAUUCUCGUGUUAUGCAGCACGUUUGAGCUUCAUCAAGAACCAAUGAGGUUCAUUCUCGUGUUACGCAGCACGUUUGAGCUUUAGCAAGAACCAAUGAGGUUCAUUCUCAUGUUAUGCAGCACGUUUGAGCUUCCUCAAGAACCAAUGAGGUUCAUUCUCGUGUUACGCAGCACGUUUGAGCUUCUGCAAGAACCAAUGAGGUUCAUUCUCGUGUUAUGCAGCACGUUUGAGCUUCAUCAAGAACCAAUGAGGUUCAUUCUCAUGUUACGCAGCACGUUUGAGCUUCUGCAAGAACCAAUGAGGUUCAUUCUCGUGUUACGCAGCAUGUUUGAGCUUCAGCAAGAACCAAUGAGGUUCAUUCUCGUGUUACGCAGCACGUUUGAGCUUCAGCAAGAACCAAUGAGGUUCAUUCUCGUGUUACGCAGCACGUUUGAGCUUCAGCAAGAACCAAUGAGGUUCAUUCUCGUGUUACGCAGCACGUUUGAGCUUCAGCAAGAACCAAUGAGGUUCAUUCUCGUGUUACGCAGCAUGUUUGAGCUUCAGCAAGAACCAAUGAGGUUCAUUCUCGUGUUACGCAGCACGUUUGAGCUUCAGCAAGAACCAAUGAGGUUCAUUCUCGUGUUACGCAGCACGUUUGAGCUUCAGCAAGAACCAAUGAGGUUCAUUCUCGUGUUACGCAGCACGUUUGAGCUUCAACGAGAUCCAAUGAGGUUCAUUCUCGUGUUACGCAGCACGUUUGAGCUUCAGCAAGAACCAAUGAGGUUCAUUCUCAUGUUACGCAGCACGUUUGAGCUUCUUCUAGAACCAAUGAGGUUCAUUCUCGUGUUACGCAGCACGUUUGAGCUUCAGCAAGAACCAAUGAGGUUCAUUCUCAUGUUACGCAGCACGUUUGAGCUUCAGCAAGAACCAAUGAGGUUCAUUCUCGUGUUACGCAGCACGUUUGAGCUUCAUCAAGAACCAAUGAGGUUCAUUCUCGUGUUACGCAGCACGUUUGAGCUUCUGCAAGAACCAAUGAGGUUCAUUCUCGUGUUAUGCAGCACGUUUGAGCUUCUUCAAGAACCAACGAGGUUCAUUCUCGUGUUACGCAGCACGUUUGAGCUUCUUCAAGAACCAAUGAGGUUCAUUCUCGUGUUACGCAGCACGUUUGAGCUUCUGCAAGAACCAACGAGGUUCAUUCUCGUGUUACGCAGCACAUUUGAGCCGUUAAAAGAACAGCAUUUAUAUGAAAUAGGUGUUUUUGUAACAAUGUAAAACCAUUUACUGUCACUUUUAAUCAAUUUAAUGCAUCCUUGGUGAAUAAAAGUAUUAAUUUCCUUAACAAAAAAAAUUGUGAAAUAACUCCUGAUUGUUUCUCUGUCAUCUAAUAAGCAUUGUUCAGGGCUUUAUCACAAUAGUGUGGAAGGAAAAAAAUCUGCUACUUCCAUUUCAUCACAACAUUAAUGUCACAAAAUUACACCUUUUAUCAAGCCUAACUUUGAAAUGCUGAUGAAUUACAGGUCUCGUCUCAUCACUGACAAAGACAACAUUACAAAAUAAAAGUUAUAAUAAUUUGAAUCGAAAGUCUAUUUUGUUCUGUGCAUAUUGCCUGAUUCUGGUUUCAGGUUCCUGUCCAACACCGGAGCCAAAUCCUAUAGUGAGGCAAACCCAGCAGCCAAUGAAAUAUUCCAGUAAAAAGUGAAGGAAAUGUAAAUCAGUGCCUAAAGAAAGGCCCUCAUGGUUUGGACGGCGGUGUGGAAAAUAUUUGCAGAAAGAAGAGAAUGUUGAGAGUGGCUUUUGAGAGGAAAGGUAGUCGACGUCACCGAGAGGGAGGGAUGGAGCGGAUCCAGACGGGAGGAAUUUGGGGGAGACCACCACGCAAAAAGAUCCUGACGGAAAGCGUGUGUGUGUGUGGAGGGGAGGGAUGAGCGCCGGCAGCCAAAAUCAUUUGACUAGAACAAUUAGAACCAUCCGUCUAAAUGCACACAUGCAGAGUGAGAUUAAACCAGCUCGGUUUUAUUGUGCAUCUUUUAUUGAAUGUUGUUGCAUGUGUGUAAAUUCAACGUUGGAUUUGCACAAAAGAUUAACAUGACGGCACAUGCUAGUGGAUGAGUUGAAUCAACUCCACAGCAACUACAUAAAUUUAUCCACUAACCUUUCAGAAACAUCUAAAAGUUGUAACUUCUUCCUGAGUCUCUCCAUCAGUGUCGACUCCGGUUUGAACAAUGUAAGGCUGAACACCGUUACUGACAAUCCUCAUUUUGGCUGUGUGAGAUUCUCCAGCUUUGUUGUUGUUGAGCAACCGAAGCAUGAGCUGUUAAAGCUCCGCCCUCUUCUGGAAAGGGGGCGGGGAGCAGCAGCUCAUUUGCAUUUAAAGGGGCACAAACCAAAACGGCAUGUUUUUACUAUGGGCAAAUUUGACAAGCUAUAAUAAAUGAUCUGUGGGGGAUUUUGAGGUGAAACUUCACAGACACAUUCUGGAGACACCAGAGACUUAUAUUACAUCUUGUGAAAAGGGGCAUUAUAGGUCCCCUUUAACUUUUUUGCUCAUUAGCCACUGUGGCUAGUGGUUUUCCAAAGUUACUAGCCACUCAGCAUUUUCACUGGCCACAAUUUUGACAUUGAUACCAUGAGGAAAAACUGCCAUAUUUUUAAUAAUAUCUCAUAAUUUGGCAGCAGGUGUAUUAGGCUGCUGUCACUUUAAAACCUGACGCACGGAUCCAUUAUACUGUUACACAUGCGUUUUCUUUCUCGAAUGUUUACGUUCACUUAAAACAUAAUUGACUAGGUUUACGUGAAUACUCAACAAGACCAGCAUUUUGACAUUACUUGGUGUGUAUUUUACUGUUUAAGUUCAAUAAGCAGCGCAAAAGAACUUAAUUUAGUACUGAGAGAAAGCUUUAUGUGGCGCACUUUGGGCGUGAGCACAAAAAAUAUUCCUCAAAAAUAUUCAAUAUUCAUCCGGAGCAAAUGAAACGAGGUGGGAUUGUGUGUCAACUCGCUGUCGGAGAAGUGAGUGAGUGACAAAUCGCAGCUGUUAUCGUGUAUCUAUUCUGCGGAAAAUGAGUAUUGGACAUGUUUCAGAUUUUUCAGUAUCGAAAAAUAAAUAUUUUUGACACUACACUGCACUUUGAUUGAUACGGUAAAACCGACACCAUCGUUACUGUACGUAUCACUGCGAAUCAAGUGCUGAGGAAGAGCUGAAAUUCAGAUAUGCUAAUGAGCGUUUGGUUUCCGACCAAUCAUAACCGACUGAGCCAUCUGACCAGUCAGAGCAGAGGAGGCUCUCAGAAAGGCGGGGUUUAAAGAGAACGAAUCCUUUAUUGAACCUUUUCAGACACUGCGAGAAAAGAGCUGAUGCUGCAGUGGAUAAGUGUUUUAACUUUGGAUGAAAGUAAAACUAUUGUUGGAGACUCUAAACAAGAUUUAGAAGAAUUUAAAUAGCAUAAUAUUGGCACUUUAAUACUGAAUCAUAACCUGUUCGUGUGUCAUGCCAUUUUUGUGUCAGAGGAUUUUUGAGAGUUCUGGACUGAUGUUGAAUGGCAGAAACAACACAGAAACAAAGCACUGUGGGAUACUGUUCGCUGGAGAGCAUCAGAGAGAGAGAGAGUAAAGUCAACAUUUCUCCUCUCAGACGCUGCUAAUAUUUACUUUGGCUGUGUUCUGCUCGGCCCUGAGCGGACAUGAAGCUCUCUGGACAUAAACAGGUGCAGACGAGCGUCAGGUGGAUCAUUCCUGCUCUGCAGCUCCGCGAAUCAUAACUUGAAAUAACGUGAAUAGGUUUUUGUAGUAAAUUGUUUAAUUUGAAAUUUGCCCCAUAUUCACUUGUGCUAUUGAGAUAAAAUAAAACUAAAACAAUAAAAAUGUAAAGAUUAGGUUCUGUCGAUUAUUAGUUAUGGGGCAAAUGUGUUACUGAUUUUAUACAGCAGUUCAAUGAAUAAGAAGUUAAUAUUGUGUUAUAUUUUAGACACACUAUUGUCUGCUUUUGCUCAGUUUUGCCAAUGAAAAUAUUACCUGUAAAGCCAGAGCAGAACUGUUGUGCGUCUUCGCUUCUGAAUGAAUCCGUGUUUUGAGCGAAACAAUCGGGUGAAUCAAUGAUUCAAUGACUCAUUCAUAAAGAGAGCCAUUUACUUCAUUCCCGAAUAAAUCAGCAGUUUGAACAAAUCGAAUGAAUGAAUGAAUGACUCGAUGACUUGCUCGUUUAGACAUUUACCGCCACCUACUGGCAGUUUUAGUUUCUUAUUUAGAGUAUCAUUUCAUUUAAAAAAAAAUUAAUAAAACCCGAUAAAAGUUUGUGUAAUAAAUUCUGUUGAAUCAAAUAAAAAAAUGUUUUUUGUAAUGUCUAUUUGACGCUUUUCUCAUUUAACACAAUAGUGACUUUAUCUUUUAGGGGUGAUUUCUCAACCAAAUUUGAUGUGCGAUUAAUUCGAUUAAUUAAUCCCCACAUUGUGUAAUUAAAAAAAUGUAAUCACUUGACAGCCCUAGUAAGGAUUAAAAUAAUGAUUUACAUCUUUAAAAGUUGUGAAUUUAAUAGUUUUAUCCCACAUAUUAAGGCAUGCAUGAUGGAGGCAUGUGCUGCAUUGAUGUGUUUUCCUCUGGAUGGAAUCGGUUUGAAUGAAACUCAUGUGACCUUUGGUUGUGACAGACGGAUGAGCGGCAGGUCAUGUGCGAUAGAUCAGGGUGUUGAGGGCGCACCAUAUUUUAUGGUGUAUUGUUCAGGACGCCCCACAGCUGGAAGUGACACUAAUGAGAGUGCAGCGGUGGUUUUAUCACCCUCAGCCUGAUGGAUUUUGCCCCUUUGCUCUGCAGAGUUUCUCCGUCUGUCACGUCUGCAGUCACGCUCUGAACUGAUCUGACUUCUCCAGAGCUGUGUUAUGUGUUAACUAUUCAUUUUUCUCUUUCAGGGACUCAUUUUGUGUGUGUGUGUGUGUAUAAACCACCGGCACAUCUUGAAUCUGACGAUUAAUCUUACUGUGUUACUGCAGGUGCUUUUCACUUGUAAUCUGCUUAGAACAAACAGGUCGAACUCUUUCUGACUUUGAAGAUGAAGUGAAUUUCUGAGUUGAUUUUUACCUUUUUUUGUAAGAAACGUGUGCACAUCUGUCCACCAUGAUGCUGCUGUGAUUGUAAGUGGUUGCAGGUCAAAAACUGCUUCAUGAAGUCAACCUGCAAAUGUUUACCUACUGUUAAUAUUAUUAAACUGGGAAAAUUUUUUGAAAUGACACGCUUCAACUUUAAGAGGGAGACUGUCCUUGACAGUAUUAAUUAUAAUAGUAAAUUCCAAAAAUAUUAAUAAUUAAAGCUGCAAGCAGAAUUUAUCGGGGUUCAAGCAUUUAAGGCUUUAAGCACAUAUGCAUAAAAAGAUAUUAACUUUUAUUUAGCAAGCAUGUACCCACUUAAAUCAUAGAAGGAACAGACCAUUUUCAGCCAAAACAGACAAUUUACUAUUGAAAAUAUAUGGUUUAUAAAGCUUUUUAACAGUAAUAGCGCCACCUAUAGUCCAAUCUCCAUAAAAGUUUGAAUGCUUGUUUAGAAUCAUGUCGCAUUUUCAUUAGUUUUAUUCCUUUAAUAAUAAUAACUACUAUUAUUGUUUGUUAUUAUUUCUAAAAAGUAGUAAUAUUGUUGUUGAAAUGUGUCCUUGAUAUAUUAAUUAAAAUAGUAAUUCAAAAAUAUUAAUAUUAAUGUU